GCCCAGGGAGGCAGGACUGCGCAGGUGCGGAGGGCGGGACGCUCGAGGUGCGCCUGCGUUGCGCGGGAGGAGUCCCUACGCGCUCAGUGGGCGCCUGGGUGUGAGCGCGGGAAGAUGGCCGAGCCGGUGUCCAAGUCUGUGCUGUUCGUGUGUCUGGGUAACAUCUGCCGGUCACCCAUCGCAGAAGCAGUUUUCAGAAAGCUUGUAACUGAGCAAAAUCUUUCAGAUAACUGGGUCAUUGACAGCGGCGCUGUUUCUGACUGGAACGUGGGCCGGUCACCAGAUCCAAGAGCUGUGAGCUGCCUCAGAAAUCAUGCCAUUAGCACAGCCCAUAAAGCACGACAGGUUACCAAGGAAGACUUUGCCACGUUUGAUUAUAUACUUUGUAUGGAUGAAAGCAAUCUAAGAGACUUGAAUAGAAAGAGUAAUCAAAUUAAAAACUGCAAAGCUAAAAUUGAACUCCUCGGGAGCUAUGAUCCACAGAAACAGCUUAUUAUUGAAGACCCCUAUUAUGGGAACGAGUCCGACUUUGAGACCGUCUACCAGCAGUGUGUGAGGUGCUGCAGAGCUUUCCUGGAGAAGGCCUGCUGAUGUCGCACCCGUGCCCCCGGCCCCCGGCGAGCCCCACAGGAGCCACAGUGAGGCCGCAGCUGCUUCUUCGGUUGACCCUGUUUCUUAAAUGCUUGUAGAUGGAAAUCAGUUACUGUAUUUGGCAAAUAAAUAGAAAUGUUUCAUCCAGUUUGUGGGGUACACAAAGCGUUCCUGACGAGUUGAACUCCCACUUUGCCCCGGUUACAAAAAUCGUGGGACACGACCCCCAGAGCACAGAGACCUCCAGCAUCCCCUUCAGGCCGUGUGGGCACACGAGCUCCGCCUCUUCCUCCCUGAGUUUGCGGACCACCGACGGGGACGAUGCCCUCCGCUGUCUCAUGACCCCUUCUCGCCAGGGCCCCCAUCCAGCCCAGCGGGCCAUCCGUGGGAGCUCACCCCAGCUCACAGUGCACACCGUUGACGUAGAAAGUGGGAAAGAGAGUUAGGUGUCCAUCUUUAGAAUAUUUAAUGCUUGCUAGUUUUUGUCUGUCUGUCUGUCCGGUUUAUUUCACAGGGAAGUCAGCUGCUUUCCAUUUGAACCAUUUUGCCUCUGGAAAUUUAAUUCCAUCCAGAAGGAAAGUCACUGUAUGCUGGUUUUCCUUUUAAAUGCUAUGUGACCCAAAUGUCAAAUGUAGAUGAGCUCAGGUGGGGAAAAAAUUAUUAAAAAGUUGGGAAAAGUUCUUUUAUGUUGGAAUGCUUAAAUAUUGAUACGUCAAGUAUUCUUUUUUUGUUGUUUGAUUUAUAGACAAAUACAGGUAACUUCUGGGCACUUUGAGGUAACUAAUCUAAAAUUCAUAUGGAUUUGUGGCAGAAAAGAUUGUUUUCAAAAUAAACUGGGGAGAUUAUAAAAAUACAACUAA